AUGCACGACCGCGUGAAAAAUGUUUGUCGCACGCUUCUACAUCUUGCCAUGGGAGCUCUCAAGACUUAUGGCCUACCAGGAGCGACUAUUAUCGUCGUCAUGAUUGGCAGUGUAUACGGCGCCAAUCUAAAGACCAACACUGCGCUCGAAGAUAUCAAGCAAAAGAUCCAAGUUCCCGAGACAAGACUUGAACAGCUUUACAAAUAUAAAGAACAGCUUGUUGCACAACGUGUUUUACAAGAGCGAAAGUUGGCUGCGUUUCGCAGGAAAGCUGCCGAGAAGGCGCUGGACGCUGCUUUUGACAGUAAAUGA